CGCUCCCCCGAGGCCACAGACCAAAGCACAACCCAGCUACAAGUCACAGCGAGUCACCGACAACUCCACUCCACUCCACAUCCAAAAUGUCCGCCAUGACUUUCUAUAUCUUUGCUUCCUUGAUGGGCCUGUGGACAGGGACGGCCAUGGCUCUCGAAGGAGACAUCUUCAAGUUAGCCGGCGAAGUAGCGGCCAUUUUGCCGGCGCCGGUGAGGAAGACCGUGGGGGCACUGGCGCGAAGCAGCCCUGCCCGUACCGCCUCCGAUGCCCUGGUAGGUCUCUUUCUGGGCAUGGUCUGCGUGAUGUACACGGCCACGUUCUUGUACGUCGUCGCGGUCCGAGCCUGCGGCGGGAACUGCUCCUUGGCCUGCGUCCUGUGUGAGAUCUCGGACCGUUCCGAGACGCUCUCCCUGCUUCUCUUAGCGCCGGCGGUUGCGCUCUUCUUCCUUCGCGCCGCCGGCUGCAGGAGCCUCGAGGUCGCGGAUUUCAAUCAGCGGCCUUCACUCCUUGAACGCCUUCAGUCCACGUCGCCGCUAAUCUUGGUUGCAGCGUUUUUGCUUGCAAUCAUCUCUUUGAAUCUUCAGUCUCCGCAGAUCUCUGAGAUUCUAGGCGUUGCGGCUAUGUUCUUCGCGCACCUAUUUUUCAUCCGCUUCUACAUCCGUGCUGCACAGGCGCUGUGGAGGAUGAAUCGCAGGUCGGCAAUUGACAUGGUGGCAGAGUAGCGCAGCAUCGCUCGCUCAGGUGCGCAGAGGCAGGGUUUCUAGCCGGCUGCAGCAAGAUCGAAGAUGAUGGAGGGUACUAUACUACUAGUGCAGGAGUGCUUCUGUUUCCUAUCUACUACGUACCUAUGUUGCUGUUGUGAAAAAUAAGAGAUGAACAUGUCGUGUGAUGAGUAGUUAUCUAUCUGCUAGUAGUAUAACUAGCACUAGUAAGCUUUGAAUCAACACUGGACCAUGUAUUCAACAAUUGUUAAACUUGUAUUUGAAAAAUAUUAAUCUGGGAUUUGAAAAAUGUUAAAUUUGUACAGAAAAAUU